GCCUUAAGUCUGUCUAGCGACAGAGUUUUGAGAAGAAGCUGCAAUGAAAUUAGCUAUAGCAGUAAAUUAUACCCGUUUCAGAUGUUCAAACAACGUCACUCCAUCGUCUCCACCGCCCUUCAAAUCUCUAAAGCUUCCUCUUUUCUGGCCUUGGGAAAAGGUGAAAAUGGGUCCACUUAGUGUAUCUCCAAUGGGUUUUGGGACAUGGGCAUGGGGAAAUAAGUUACUUUGGGGAUACAGAGAAGAAAUGGACAGUGAACUUCAACGUGCUUUCAAUUUAGUUGUUGAAAAUGGAAUCAAUAUCUUUGAUACUGCUGAUUCUUAUGGAACUGGUACCUUAAAUGGUCAAAGUGAAAGGCUACUUGGUGCAUUCAUUCGUGAACUUCCAGGCCAACAACGGCUAGUGAAGGAGAACAUUGUGAUUGCUACAAAAUUUGCAGCUUAUCCAUGGCGUCUAACACCUGGUCAAUUUGUCAAUGCGUGCCAAUCUUCUCUCGAAAGACUACAAAUUGAACAAAUUGGAAUAGGACAAUUACAUUGGUCAACUGCAAACUAUGCUCCUUUGCAAGAGUUGGCUCUAUGGGACGGUUUAGUGGCAAUGUAUGAUAAGGGAUUAGUCCGAGCUGUUGGAGUUAGCAAUUAUGGACCAAAACAGCUUCUCAAAAUACAUGAUUAUCUUAAAGCUCGCGGAGUUCCAUUGUGUUCUGCUCAGGUGCAAUAUUCAUUGUUGAGUAUUGGAGAAGAACAAAUUGAGAUAAAAAGGAUUUGUGAUUCAUUGGGUAUUCGCGUUAUUGCUUAUAGUCCUCUUGGUCUUGGAAUGCUAACCGGGAAAUAUAACGAUUCAAAUUACCCGCAAGGGCCUAGAGGGUUAUUGUUUAGGCAGAUAAUUCCGGGAUUGAAACCUUUGUUGAGUUCAUUAGAAAAUAUUGCGCGAAAAAGGGGUAAAACUAUAUCUCAAGUUGCUAUAAAUUGGUGCAUAUGUAAGGGUACUAUUCCUAUACCGGGUAUUAAGACAGUUGGUCAAGCCGAGGAAAAUCUUGGUGCUCUUGGAUGGCGUUUAUCCGAUAGUGAGAUCGCGCAAUUGGAAGAUGCAGCUCGCCUUUCUCCGAAGAAGAUGGUCCAAAAUAUAUUCCAGACAAGGUAAUAGUUGAACUGGAAUUGGAGUUUAAUUGUAAUUUUAUUGGCAAGAACUUGAAACAAAGAAUUGAAAUGAAAUUAAAAGGUGUAUGAUUUGUGUA